GUCUACCAUCCAUUUCUUUGAUCUCAAUGUCUACGGCGAGCGUCGGAGCUCCGACAUGACCAGAAUGCAUCCACCGCAUGCAUGCACGAUCCCACCCGCCUUGGAUUGCGGUCCGAACCUGCUUCGUUCCCAUACCUUUCCAUCACCUUCCUGCAUUGAAUGGCAUUUCCACUCCCCAACUACCUCCUCCGCCCGCCUCUUCCUCCUACUCGUACAAAUCCCACGGCGUUGUUGUCCGAUCCACUCCGCAUCCCUUUCCUUCUUCCCUCCUCCUUGUUCCUCAGCUGAAGGCAGGACGACGACGACGAUGAUGAGCGAGGAGGACAAGCAGCAAACGAAGCCGGCAGCCGUCGGCGAGGACGCCAUGGCGGUCGACAGCGCGGAGGAGGGACGGACGGCGGAGGCGCUGCUGCGCGUGGCGCCCGUGGGGCUCUGCCUCGCGGCGAUGGCCAUCAUGCUCAGGAACUCGCAGGAGAACGAAUUCGGCGCUGUCUCCUACGCCGACCUCACCGCCUUCAAGUAUCUGGUGUUCGCUAAUGGAGUUUGCGCGGCCUACUCCCUCUUGUCGGCCUUCUGCGUGGCCAUGCGCCGUCCCUCGACCCUCUCCCGUGCAUGGUCUGUCUUCCUUCUCGACCAGGUGCUGACGUACGUGAUACUGGCGGCGGGGACGGUGGCGGCGGAGAUAGUGUACUUGGCAUACAUGGGGGCCGAGAAGGUGACGUGGAGCAAGGAGUGCAGCGCCUUCGACGGCUUCUGCAGGAGGGCGACGACCUCCUUGGGGUUCACCUUCGGUUCUGUGGCUUGCUAUGUGCUGCUCUCCCUCGUCUCCUCCUACCGUCUCUUCAGCAACUACGAUACCCCCAUCACCUUCCUUAGCAGCAAGGGAUUGGAGAUAGCAGCCUACCCUUGCUGAACUCACCAACUGCUCAAGUGUUUGUUCUGUGGGAAUUUAGCUACAAUAAAUAUAUAUCAUAUAUCAUAUAUCAUAUAUCAUAUAUAUAUAUAUAUAAAUAACAUAUAUAUAUAAAUAUAUAUAUCCAUCCGGUUACAGCAGUAGUUGUGUGUCUCCUCUGUUCUGUGAAUGAAGAUGAUUGUAAUUGUUCUA